AAGGACUGGCAGAGGGUUAGAAGUGCCUUUCAAAAGAAAUUAAUGAAACCCAAGGAAGUUGCAAAGCUGGAGACCACGAUCAAUGAGGUCCUGGAGGACUUCAUGCACAGAAUAGAUGAUAUUUGUAACCACAAUGGACAAAUAGAAGAUGUCUAUUCAGAAUUCAACAAAUGGUCAUUUGAAAGUAUCUGCCUGGUGCUGUAUGGAAAGAGGUUUGGUCUCCUACAGCAGGAUGUAGAAGAAGAAAGUUUGAACUUCAUCAAGGCUGUAAAAACGAUGAUGGCUACUUUUGGAAUGAUGAUGGUGACCCCCGUGGAACUUCACAAGGGUCUGAACACAAAAGUCUGGCAAGCUCAUACUAAAGCAUGGGAUGAUAUAUUUAAAACAGCCAAGCACUCAAUCGACUGUCGACUGGAAAAGCACUCUGCAAACCCUCAGGAGGAUUUCCUGUGUGACAUCUAUUCUGGGGGACAGCUUUCCAAGAAGGAGCUGUAUGCUGCCAUCACAGAGCUCCAGAUUGCUGGAGUUGAAACGACGGCCAAUAGUUUACUGUGGGCUUUGUAUAACAUUUCACGUAAUCCACCCGUUCAGCAGAAGCUUUUCCAGGAAAUACAGAAUGUUUUGGCUGCUAAUGAAAGUCCAAGUGCUGAGAGUUUGAAGAAUAUGCCUUACCUAAGAGCAUGUCUGAAAGAAUCCAUGAGAUUAACACCAUCAGUGCCAUUUACCACUCGCACCAUUGACACAGAAAUGGUUCUGGAGGAUUAUGUACUACCCAAAGGGACUGUAUUAAUGAUAAAUAGCCAUGCCCUGGGUUGCAAUGAAGAGUACUUUCAUGGCUGGACUCAAUUUAAACCAGAGCGUUGGUUUCAGAGGAACUUAAUAAAUCCUUUUUCUCAUGUUCCAUUUGGGAUUGGGAAGAGGAUGUGCAUCGGGCGCCGCUUAGCAGAGCUGCAGCUUCACUUGGCCCUUUGCUGGCUCAUUCGCAAGUACCAGAUUGUAGCAACUGACAACAAGCCGGUGGAAACGCUCCAUUCAGGAACGCUGAUUCCCAGCCGGGAGCUUCCCAUUGCCUUUCACAGACGAUAA